CCUUCUCAUUCACGGUAGACAAUGGCAGACGAGUUAUCAUCGCUUUCUUUGCAGCAGGGGCAAUACCCAGAAGUAGAAGAAGACUUGUACGAACAGAUCGCAGCGCUCAAGUACGUCGACCUCACUAAGCCCGAUCCCCGCCGCUCUGGUGAUGAUCGCAACUAGUUCUGCCACCGAGUCGGUGAGUACUCGAUCGGUUUCCUAGGCCAAUUCCAGUCUUCCUUCCCCUACAGCCCAAAUCUUUUAGUCGACCUUUUUCCCCUUCCGGGUUUUCCAGUGUUCACUUCCUUCAGUUCAGUUACACAAUACGAAUCUCAACUUUCUAUUCUAUUCCCUCUCAAAUUUUAGGGUGGCUAGUGGUUAUUGGUUGCUGAGAAACGUGAAGAGAAAGGAACGUAACAAUCAGUUUAACUUCAAAUCGAAAAUCAAAAUGCUAGUUUGAUACUCAAAACUCUUUUGGGUUUCUUUCGUUUUCCUGUUUAGGGUGAUUUAGAACUUGGAAGGCUUGCUGCGUUUCUCUUUAGCUUUGUGAAUUGCACAAUUGUCAAUGUCCAGUUAGAUCAUAAGGGAUGAAAAAAAACAGAAUUGAUGCUGAUUAUCUACAUCUAAAAGAGUUAAUCACUAGCUCUUUGGCUUGUAGCAUUCAGUUGAGAAAAUUCAAUGUGUCUAGGGUUGUCCCCGUGCUAAUUGCUAAAAUGUUUGGCCUGCUUAACUUUUAGGUUGUGACCAAAACCACGAAGAAGAAAUGGAAUCUGAAGCAAUCUAAAGAAGUUUCAUCCCCAAAGUAAGUUGAUAUGAAUAGGUCAUUCCUGGGUCUGGUACUUAGUCAACAUUCAAACUCUAUCAUUGAAGUUGUUGGAGUUAUUGGGAUCAACUGGUUCUUGACAUGGUAUCAGAGCCUAGAACCGAAAGGUCAUGUGUUCGAAUCUCCACAACCCUCAAUAUUAACCAUUGUCUUUCAAGCACAUGGUAUGGUGGGCCUGUGCAAACUUCAAGUCCAUGAGUUGGCUUUCGUUUGGGGGGCGUGUUAGAGAGUGGUAUAAGAUCCAACAUAACCUUCUUCCAACAACUUGAGUUAUUGGGACCAACUGGUUUAUGACAACUGGUUCUUGACAUGGUAUCAGAGCCUUCUGUGUCCGAGAGGUCUUGUGUUCGAUUCCCUGUGACCCCCAUUUGUUAAGUACAUGGUGUUCUUGUUUCAGACCUGUGCAAACUUCAAGCCCUUAUGAGUGGCUUUCUUAUGAGGGGGCGUGUUAGUGUUGUGGAAUAUGAUCCACGAUUGAACCUCUCCCAACAACUCAUGUUAUUGGGACCAACUGGUUUAUGACAUGGAUAAGGAAUCUUCUUAGCUCAAUUUCAUUCUCAUUUAAUUAAUGUAAUUAGUGGAUUAGUGGCUAGGUUAUUACCCUCUUUGUAGCAACUCGUGGGUUCAUGUUUCUGUUAAGGAGAUUGGUAUUUAAACCAUUCUCCUAAUUAAUACAAAUCACUACAAUCAAUCCAAUUACAUGGUAUCAGAGCUAGGGAUCCGAUUUCCUUAACAAUCCUUUAACCUCUUCUCCUAAAAAUCCGACCUAAUCUUCUUCUUCCCUAUCUCGGCCAAACCUCCUUCUUUCUUCUACACUUUCGAAGUCACUACUGCAUCCUUUCUUAGCCAUAUUCCUUUUGCAACAAUGUCAGGUGAAACGGUCAUAAAUCUCGACGAGGCAAACAAUGUCAUCACGUUGAACCCUACCUCUCAACUACCCACAAAACUUACCGUCGACAAAUUUCCUACCUUGAGAGCCCAGCUUCUCACUCUUCUUCGAGGUCUAGACCUCCUAAAGUUCUUGAAUGGUACUCAUCCAGCUCCAGCCGCUGAUGCUCCUACCGCCGAUCGUCGUCGCUGGUACAGGCAAGACCAUCUACUACUCCAUUCUAUUCUUGCAUCCAUGUCCCCAAGCGUUGCUCCGUAUGUCUCUGCAACAACCACAUCUCGUCAGUCCUGGAUGAUUCUAGAGAGAAUGUUCGCCAAUCAAUCCCGGCAACGCGUCAUCAAUCUGAAAGAGAAACUUGGCAAAGAAUUCCAAGGCAAUCACCCUAUAUUCAUUUACAUUCCAGCGCAGUACAACCGCUGAACUAGCCCUCAUCAACGCUCCGGUUUCAGAUGAGGAUCUCAUUCUUCACAUUCUUCGUGGCCUUCGUGAGGAAUAUGACCAUCUCUUUGCCGCUAUUCGAGCUCGAGACACUCCCAUUGGUGUCGAAGACCUUCAUAAUCAACUUGUCAAUUUAGAAGCUGAUAUGGCCGCUGUUCAUAUCACUAAUCAAGAUCCCACCACUGCUUUUUCCUGAGCUUGUGGUCGUGGUCCUGCUUGGCCAUCUAGCGCCUGUCGCCGCACCUUCCCCACCAAUUCUUUUUCAGGUGCUAAUUACUACUCCACUCGAGAGGACAACCCUCGUCAGCAACGCAACUCCUAUCCACCUCGCCCACUACCCGAUUAUGUCCCUGGAACCGCGUCUCCAUCCCUUCUUGGUCGGCCUCGGCUGCAAUGUCAAUUUUGUGAUCGCCCUGGCCACUCUGUGAAAUAUUCAUAUUUCAUCAAAGGGCAUCCUCAAGCUCAUCAUACCACCGUCGCUUCCUCCUCUUCAGCAGGCUGGUUGGUCGACUCCGCUGCCACCAAUCACAUGACACCGUACCUCAGUAAUCUCUCCCUCUACGCAGAUUAUAAUGGUCCAGAUGAGGUGCUUAUCGGCGAUGGUUCAGGUUUGGUUAUUACACAUGUUGGCAACUCUCAUUUGUCCUCUUAUCUGACGUGCUUGGAUCUUCAUAAUGACUUACGCGUGCCUGCCAUUAACCGUCAACUUCUUUCCGUUGCUCAACUGUGUAAAUCUAAUCUUGUUUCUGUGGAAUUCAUUGUUGAUUUAUUUUGUUGUGAAGGAUCUGGCCACAGGGUCGCAUCUGCUACGAGGCCCGAAUAAAGGUUAUGUCUAUGA